GUUUCUCAAAGUUGUCACAAUGGGUACUAACGAAUAUGGCGCAGCUCAGGCGUUCUCCGGAGGGUUGUCUGCAAGCGACGUAAAUAUAAACACGUUUGUGCUGUGCUUCAUAACCAUUGCACCCUUCGUAAAUAUGUUGUGGUGACAAGGCCUCGAACGAACCUUGCAGUGACAAUGAUCCGUGUGUUCGUGCCCACUUACCGCCCAGUGGACGCCCCGAACGGGCGUCAACACGUCGUCUACUGCGUGGAAGUGACCGUAUCGGGCGUCUGUCACCGGCUGGAGCGCAGGUACAGCACAUUCCAUGCCCUCCACAAAAAGGUUAAGCGCAUGCUCGGAAGCCAGGCGCCCUCGGGGUUUCCCCCUAAGCGUCUCCGCGGUCUCAACCCCAAGCUCCUGGAACAGCGACGCGCGGGGCUCGAGCGCUACCUCCAAGACUUGGUCCGCAUUCCGGCCCUCUCGUCGCAGCUGCUGUCGUUCCUCGAAGUGCCUACGCCACUGUCGCCCGCGGCGAGCAAUGGUUCUGUCGACAGUGAUGACCAGGAGUUCAAACCGUUGCACCAGCCCGUCCUGGGUUUCCCCAAAGACCCCUAUUUGGACACAUCCAGCAGUGACUCACUCCCGGAUAUCGUCAUGCAAGGUGUCAUGACGGGCCUGUUUGGCUGUGACUACGACGACUAGGGAAGUUACGCGCCGUAUCGAUUUCUUCCUAUGCACGCCCAUUCACAGUCAGCUCGACCAGUUAAUUGUCACAUCACGUUCGAAGUUUGUUGCGGAAAAUGCAUUACUACGCGGGUAUGACAAGCGAACACUGCUUGCGCGUAAUUACUCGAAUUUACCAUGUGCCAUCGUGGUGUAGCCGGGCGCUGUAUAGCCCGGUUCCACUAGCCUCAACAGCGAGUGUUUAUAAUGAUUGCCCACCGGUGUCACGCUGUACUGGUCAAUAGAUUUCGUUGUAUCGUUUUGCUCAGGCGUGAUACUAGAAGUACACUCGCUUUGCGUCACUUUUCCUCGUCCGCUUCAGCCAGUUGUCACCUUUGCUGUCCGGUAUUCGUUGUAAGACAGGCAGCACGCGAUGGCGAAUUUAACAGAUUUGUAGAGUCACAGUUUUUGUUGUUGCUAUACCUCAGGUGAAGCCAGAAGCGUACUUUUAAUCCUUGAUACUGUAGACGCACAUUUCAGUGGCCUUUUAUUUGCUUUCUGCACACCCCUUGUCAAGCCUUUACACCCAUUUACAACGGUGGCAGGGUGCGUAGUAUAGAAAUAUUUUUCAUAUACCUCAGUUAACUGCUGUGUUACAGUUUUGUGUUGUUUACAGAAUGUUUUCUUGCUUUAUUGUUACCUUAACAUUAUUAUUCAAGUUUAAAACUAUGAUACGUUGUGUAACAAUAUGCAAGCAUUUAGCCAAUGCAAGUCACAAGUGCUUAUGCCUUUUCAAAGAAAUUUGCAUUAAAAUGUGUGCUGUCCCAGC